AUGGUUGUAGUGAAAGCAGGGCGAGCGAUGGCAUCGUUCGCAGCGCAGGCUGCCCUGCGGUCUCGAUGGAGCUCCCUGAUAGAGUCGACCAGUGUGGACGUACCGGGGGAGGUCACAGACGGAGUGCGCUCCGUGGUCGGAUGGCUGAAACAGGCGUCCCUGGAGGUGCGUCAGGUGGGCAGGCGCGCGGUGAGCCAGCUGGCGGGGCGAGGCAUGGGGGACGAGGUCGUCAUCAUACACUACAAUGACGUGUACAACAUCGAACAGACCACUAACACGGAGCCGGUGGGGGGCGCACUCCGGUUCUGCUCCGCGGUGCGGCAGCUGCAGCACCUGAACCCGCUCGUGCUGUUCAGCGGGGACGCCUUCUCGCCCAGCAUGCUGAGUACGUUCACGAAGGGCGAACAGAUGGUGCCGGUACUUAACGAAGUCGGGACGAACUGUGCCGUCUUCGGGAAUCAUGACUUUGACUUCGGCCUAGAAGUGCUAUCCGGGCUCGUCUCCCAAUGCUCAUUCCCGUGGCUGAUGUCCAACGUCAUAGACAACGAGACCGGGCGGCCGCUCGGAGACGGACGCAUCACGCACGCGCUGCUUGCCAGCGACCACAAGAUCGGACUCAUCGGACUGGUCGAGCAGGAGUGGCUGGACACGCUAGCAACAAUAAACCCUGAGGAAGUGACGUUCAUAGACUUUGUGCAGGCGGGCAGCAAGCUCGCCUCGCAGCUGAAACAAGAAGGUUGUGAAUACGUGAUAGCUUUAACGCACAUGCGAACCCCAAACGACAUAAAACUGGCGGAAGGAUGCAACGAAAUAGAUCUAAUACUGGGCGGCCAUGACCACGUCUACGAAGUGUUAGAGGUAAACAACAAAUACAUAGUGAAGAGUGGCACAGACUUCAGGCAGUUCUCUAAAAUCACGAUAUCUUUUGCGAGUGAAACUCCUAAAGUGGAUAUCACUGAUGUCAAAGUGACGAGUGCUAUACCAGAAGAUGAGGUGCUGAAGGCGAAAGUGGAGAAAUACUCUUCAAUGAUAGACGGCAAGAUGGACGAAGUUCUCGGCAAGUUCUGCGUCCCGCUAGAAGGAAGGUUCUCGGCGGUGCGGCGCGCGGAGUCGAACCUGGGCAACUGGGUGUGCGAUGUGUUGCUGGCGGCUACCGGCGCUGACCUGGUGCUUAUUAACUCGGGGACUUUUCGCUCUGAUCAGGUGCACCCAGCCGGCGACUUCACCCUCCGCGACUUAUCAACAAUCAUCCCCAUGCGCGACCCGCUGGUGGUGGUGGCGGCGGCGGGGCGCGCCGUGCUCGCGGCGCUCGAGAACGCCGUCAGCAAGUACCCCAGCCUCGAGGGACGCUUCGUGCAGGUGGCGGGCGUGUCGUUCGCCUUCGACCCGUCCAAGCCGCCCGGCCAGAGGGUCGCCGAGGAAGUGGUCAAGAUCGGGGACGAAUACCUCGUCAAGGAUCAGUUGUAUCGACUAGCUGUGAAGCAGUACCUGUACCAGGGUAAUGAUGGUUUCACGAUGCUGCCCGGUUGCAAAAUACUGGUGGAAGAGGACAUGUGUCCCGAGAUCGGCAUGGCGAUCCAGAACCACUUCGCGGCCAUCGACGUGCGCACCGGCAAGGCGCGCCACAGCAAGCACCGCCAGUCGCUCGUCACGCUCAGUCGCAGACACAGUCUAGUGAAGAUGCUCGAUGGCAGCGAGCUGGCCGGACCGCCGCCACUGCGCCGCGCCUCCUCUGUAGCCGAACAGAGCCAUCCUCCACACCACCACCGGUUAACCCGUCGCGCGUCGCUAGAUGACCUGGAGCAGCAGUCGUGCGAGCUCGCGCCCAAGAUCGAGAACCGCAUCGUCGUGCUGGACAAACCAGAGAAACUCCAGGCACUACUGGCAGAGAAGGCGAGGUGGGAAGCUGAUACUGUCAUCAAAGAAGUAGACGAAGGAUCGCCUUAGAGUCACUAGUACCUAACACAAUACAUACACCAUACCACGGCAAGUUAUUGUAAUUACGCCACUCUAACCCUCAAAUUCAUAGAACGUAUUGUAAAUUUACAACAAGGUUAAAAUUCACUUUGAAACACACGAGUCUUUACUUCAGUGAAAUGGUUGAAAAUUCGUAUAUCGCAACGUCAAUUUUAAGCCUAUUUUAAAGUGUCAAAAACCUCUAUGAAUUUGGGGGUAAGCCUAUAGUUGAGUCAUCAUAAAUGUGCGAACUCUGUAAUGAUUAUAAUAUUUAGGAAAAUCGUGUGUGAACACGGCCAUCCUACCUCAAGCUAGGCAGAGCCUGUGAUAUGGGUAUUCGACAGCUGAUAUAUCUGCACAGAUAAAUCCCGAUACAUACAGAUAUAGAUACACAUACAGAUACACCCAAGACCCGAUUACAAAUACCUUUCUGUCUUUAUACAAAUAUCGGCCCCGGCUGAGAUCGAACCCAUAGCAGUCAGGGUCACUAACCACUACACCAUUCGUUCGUCAGUAAUAAAUCAUCUUAUCUGACCUCUCACUCGCACUUAUGUUCAAGUGCAAGCGAGAGGUCUGAUAAGAUAGUUCGCACAUUUGUUAAGGUUUAAGUAUAGGCCUGUACGUAAGCUUAGCUUAUUUAUCUACAAUCAGUACGGUCAAGUACAGGUUUUGAUAGUUUAAUUAAACUAAAGAAGUUUCCGUUUUCACAUAUGUAUAUUUUUGGGUUUACGAUGGAAACUAUUUCGUUUAUACAUAAAUGAAUAAACCUGUACUUAGCCUGCUGAUAAAGUUAUCAUAUAGCUUUUAUCUGACAAAAAUGGCCUAAAACUCAAAGCCAAUUAUGUUUUCUAUACGCCGAGAGACUUUUAAGAAGUUGAUGUUGAAAUUCAAUCAUGACACCAACCACAAAAGCUUAACCUGUCUAGCUAACAGGUUAUUUUAUUAUUAUUAGUAAUGUAUCUUUACGAUAUAACCAAAGUUGUGAAUGAAAUCGAAAUACUUACUUAUACAUAUUCUUACGUAUAAGUACUUAAUGUAAAAAGUUUAACGCUUUCUUUAUUAACUACCAUCCAUCCACUGCUAGAGAUCUAAACCUCUCUUACUCUCUCUCGUUACAAAAAAAACAGCAUCUGAGUGUUGGUCCAGCGAGGCAAAGGGCGUCCCACGCUACCUUUGCCUAUUAAAAUGUUCACUCUAACCCCCUUAUUCAUAAA